CAAGCUGAAAAGGGGCAGGAAAAGAAGUGGAGGCAGCAUUCUUCCUAUUUAAAGCUGCAUCGCUUGAAAAAAGUUUUCACAGACUGUGCUGGAGCUGGUGCUGAAAAAGGGGGUUUGCAGAGGCAGCCCCGGGGCUGGUGCUGAAAGAAGAGCCCACAGCUGACUUCAUGGUGCUACAAUAACCUUAGAAUCUACUUUUAUUCCCAGGAGGACCCACAUGUCUAAUAUUUAGACGUGAUGGCAAACUGGGUAGAAGCAAGACCUCUCCUCAUUCUUACUGUUUUAUUAGGGCAAUUUGUCUCAAUAAAAGCCCAGGAAGAAGGCGAGGAUGAGGGAUAUGGUGAAGAAAUAGCCUGCACUCAAAAUGGCCAGAUGUACUUAAACAGGGACAUUUGGAAACCUGCCCCUUGCCAAAUCUGUGUCUGUGACAAUGGAGCUAUUCUUUGUGACAAGAUAGAGUGCCAGGAAGUGCUUGACUGUGCUGACCCUGUAACUCCUCCUGGUGAAUGCUGUCCUGUCUGUUCACAAACACCUGGAGGUGGAAAUACCAACUUUGGUAGAGGAAGAAAGGGACCUCCAGGAUCACAGGGACCAAGAGGAGAGCGAGGCCCAAAAGGAAGACCUGGUCCUCGUGGUCCUCAGGGAAUUGAUGGAGAACCAGGUGUUCCUGGUCAACCUGGUGCUCCAGGGCCUCCUGGACAUCCGUCCCACCCAGGACCCGAUGGUGUGAGCAGGCCAUUCUCAGCUCAGAUGGCUGGGUUGGAUGAAAAAUCUGGACUUGGGAGUCAAGUAGGACUGAUGCCUGGCUCUGUGGGUCCCGUUGGCCCAAGAGGACCACAAGGUUUACAAGGACAGCAAGGUAGUGCAGGACCUUCAGGACCUCCUGGUGAACCUGGUGAACCUGGACCUAUGGGUCCAAUUGGUGCACGUGGACCAGAGGGCCCUCCGGGGAAACCUGGGGAAGAUGGUGAACCUGGUAGAAAUGGAAAUCCUGGUGAAGUGGGAUUUACAGGAUCUCCGGGAGCUCGAGGUUUUCCUGGGGCUCCUGGUCUUCCAGGCCUGAAGGGUCACCGAGGACACAAAGGUCUUGAAGGCCCUAAAGGUGAAGUUGGAGCAACUGGUUCCAAGGGUGAAGCUGGCCCUACUGGUCAAAUGGGUGCCAUGGGUCCUCUGGGUCCGAGGGGAAUGCCAGGAGAGAGAGGGAGACUUGGCCCACAGGGUGCUCCUGGGCAACGAGGUGCACAUGGUAUGCCUGGAAAACCUGGACCAAUGGGAGAAGCAGGUCCUACUGGGGCACGAGGCCCUGAAGGUCCUCAGGGGCAGAGAGGUGAAACUGGGCCACCAGGUCCAGUUGGCUCUCAAGGUCUUCCUGGUGCCGUGGGAACUGAUGGUACACCUGGUGCCAAAGGCCCAACGGGCUCUCCGGGUACCUCUGGUCCUCCUGGCUUGGCAGGACCUCCUGGAUCUCCGGGACCUCAGGGUAGUACUGGACCUCAGGGAAUUCGAGGCCAACCGGGUGACCCAGGAGUUCCAGGUUUCAAAGGAGAAGCUGGCCCAAAAGGCGAACCAGGGCCACAUGGUAUUCAGGGUCCAAUAGGCCCACCUGGCGAAGAAGGUAAAAGAGGUCCCCGAGGUGAUCCAGGAACAGUUGGUCCUCCAGGCCCAGUGGGAGAAAGGGGUGCUCCUGGCAAUCGUGGUUUUCCAGGCUCUGAUGGUUUACCUGGACCAAAGGGUGCUCAAGGAGAGCGGGGUCCUGUAGGUUCUUCAGGACCUAAAGGAGGCCAAGGGGAUCCAGGACGUCCAGGUGAACCUGGGCUUCCAGGUGCUCGGGGUCUGACAGGAAAUCCUGGUGUUCAAGGUCCCGAAGGGAAACUUGGACCUUUGGGUGCUCCAGGAGAAGACGGCCGUCCAGGUCCUCCAGGCUCCAUAGGAAUCAGAGGGCAGCCUGGGAGUAUGGGUCUUCCAGGCCCCAAAGGUAGCAGUGGUGACCCCGGGAAACCUGGAGAAGCAGGAAAUGCUGGUGUUCCUGGACAGAGGGGAGCUCCUGGAAAAGACGGUGAAGUUGGUCCUUCUGGUCCUGUGGGGCCCCCGGGUCUAGCUGGAGAAAGAGGAGAACAGGGACCUCCAGGCCCCACUGGCUUUCAGGGGCUUCCUGGUCCUCCAGGGCCUCCUGGGGAAGGUGGAAAGCCAGGUGAUCAGGGAGAACGAGGAAAUCCUGGGGAAAGAGGAGAACCAGGAAUAACUGGACUCCCUGGUGAGAAGGGAAUGGCUGGAGGACAUGGUCCUGAUGGUCCAAAAGGCAGUCCCGGUCCAUCUGGGACCCCUGGAGAUACAGGCCCACCAGGUCUUCAAGGUAUGCCUGGAGAAAGAGGAAUUGCAGGAACUCCUGGCCCCAAGGGUGACAGAGGUGGCAUAGGAGAGAAAGGUGCUGAAGGCACAGCUGGAAACGAUGGUGCUAGAGGUCUUCCAGGUCCCUUGGGCCCUCCAGGUCCCGCAGGUCCCACUGGAGAAAAGGGUGAACCUGGUCCUCGAGGUUUAGUUGGCCCUCCUGGCUCCCGUGGCAAUCCUGGUUCUCGUGGUGAAAAUGGCCCAACUGGGGCUGUUGGGUUUGCUGGACCCCAGGGUCCCGAUGGGCAGCCUGGAGUAAAAGGGGAACCUGGAGAGCCAGGACAGAAGGGGGAUGCAGGAUCUCCUGGACCGCAAGGGCUGGCGGGGUCCCCUGGCCCUCAUGGACCUAAUGGUGUUCCUGGACUAAAAGGUGGCCGAGGAACCCAGGGUCCACCUGGUGAUCGUGGAGACCCCGGGCCUGCAGGUCUGCCAGGCUCUCAGGGUGCCCCUGGAACUCCUGGCCCUGUCGGUGCUCCUGGAGAUGCAGGACAAAGAGGAGAUCCGGGCACACCAGGAAAAGUAGGACCAACUGGUGCAACAGGAGAUAAGGGUCCACCUGGACCUGUGGGACCCCCAGGCUCCAAUGGUCCUGUAGGGGAACCUGGACCAGAAGGUCCUCCAGGCCCAGUUGGUCCUUCGGGUAAAGAAGGAAACCCUGGGCCACUUGGGCCAAUUGGACCUCCAGGUGUGCGGGGCAGUAUAGGAGAAGCAGGACCUGAGGGCCCUCCUGGGGAGCCUGGCCCACCUGGCCCUCCAGGUCCUCCUGGCCACCUCACAGCUGCUCUUGGGGAUAUCAUGGGACACUAUGAUGAAAGCAUGCCAGAUCCACUUCCAGAGUUUACUGAAGAUCAGGCGGCUCCUGAUGACAAAAACAAAACUGACCCAGGUGUCCAUGCCACCCUGAAGUCACUCAGUAGUCAGAUUGAAACCAUGCGCAGCCCUGAUGGCUCUAAAACUCACCCUGCCCGGACUUGCGAUGACUUAAAACUUUGUCAUUCCACAAAGCAGAGUGGUGAAUACUGGAUUGAUCCUAACCAGGGAUCUGUUGAAGAUGCAAUCAAAGUUUACUGCAACAUGGACACAGGAGAAACAUGUAUUUCAGCAAACCCAUCCAGUAUACCACGUAAAACCUGGUGGGCCAGUAAAUCUCCUGACCAUAAGCCUAUUUGGUAUGGUCUUGAUAUGAAUAGAGGAUCUCAGUUUACUUAUGGGGACUACCAGUCACCUAAUACAGCCAUUACUCAGAUGACCUUCUUACGCCUUUUAUCAAAAGAAGCCUCCCAGAACAUUACUUACAUCUGUAAAAACAGUGUAGGAUACAUGGACGAUCAAGCUAAGAACCUCAGGAAAGCUGUGGUUCUCAAAGGGGCAAAUGAUUUAGAAAUCAAAGCAGAGGGAAACGUUAGAUUCCGAUAUAUAGUUCUUCAUGAUACUUGCUCUAAGCGAAAUGGAAAUGUGGGCAAGACUGUCUUUGAAUAUAGAACACAGAAGGUGGCGCGUUUGCCCAUUAUAGAUAUUGCCCCUGUGGAUGUUGGCAACACAGACCAGGAAUUUGGCGUUGAAGUUGGGCCAGUUUGUUUUGUGUAAAGUAAGCCAAGAUACAUCAACAACGAGCACCACCAUCAAUGACAACAACCAUUCACAAGAACUUUGACUGUUUGAAGUUGAUCCUGAGACUCUUGAAGUAAUGGCUGAUCCUGCAUCAGCAUUGUAUAUAUGGUCUUAAGUGCCUGGCUUCCUUAUCCUUCAGAAUAUUUAUUUUACUUACAAUCCUCAAAUUUUAAUUGAUUUAAAAUAUUUUUCAAUACAGCAGUUUAGGUUUAAGAUGACCAAUGACAAUGACCACCUUUUAAAAAAGUAAAUUGAUUAAAUAAAUAAAUCUCCGUUUUCUUCAAUUUA